AUGACCUACAAAAUAACUAACUACUUGAGGAAAAAUACUAAAAGGUUUAUUUAUAAAGCUAAAAGCUUGACGUUGUUGCUAUCAGGAUCAAUGGGCCCUGGUGUGCCAGAGAAUAUAACUGUAACCUUUCUGAAUCCAACUACGGUGAGAGUCUCGUGGUCAACUGCUGCAGAUCUGGUAGAGAAGUAUGACGUCACGUACAAGCCAUCUGAUGCUAGUUACAGAGUGGUGCUUGAGGUGGCUGGUAAUUCCGAUGCAGUUAUUUUAAGUGGACUUGAAGCAGACACGCAGUAUCAGGUUACCGUAGCUGCUCUGUGGGGCGGCCACAAGUACCGCAGUAGACCGAUUGUCUUCCGCACGCUGGAGCCCCCUCGGACUUCACCGCAACAGGACGGGGGGCUGGUGGGAGCGACACCCCGUUCCUCGGUCGCACCGCCCGAUCCCUCGCCUACCUUUCCUACGGUACCUGGGAGCAGUGCCUUAGCAGCGGCUACUGCGGGGGGUACGUGCGGAGGCCACUCAGCACCGUCAGCUUGUUCGCAUAUGCGUUGGUCGCACACGCACACUCAAAGUUUGGAGUGCGAGGAGAGGUUGCUGGCGCGGUGUAAUCGGCCGCGCGUCAACUCAGCAAUUUUCGUAUCGGCUGAGCCAACUGGAUUUGCUGGUUUUGAUCCUGGCGAGUUCCUAAGGCGUCAUGGUUCUCAGUCUAAACUUUGUCGCAAAGCAAGGUCUGCUGACAACAUACCAUUAACAACGAUGAGCGACUCCUCAGAGCGGCUUUGUAAAGCUAAAGCUCCUCGGGAAGAAACAAUUAAUGAAGAAGCGAGUAAGUCUGACGAUAGUGGAAGUGUCGAGACGGUAAAGCACUUUGGCCUUCCCAUUCUCUCAGUAUCCGGUCCUUCACCUCCAGUUGAAGAUUACGACCAAAUAGAUGAGUACCUGUAG